AUGGCAGAUCCUUUCUCAACGGUUUCUGCCGUUUCCUCCGGUUUUACGACCUCCCUUCGGAUAUUCCAGAUCAUAUACGAGAUUCAAGCUGUCGGAGAACAAACGCGAGAUCUGCUGGAGACUACGAAGUUGGUCACAGAAACAAUCACGCAGGUCAAGAAACUGCGUCAUCAAAAGUCUUGCCUACUCAAUGAUACCGAAAAAGUCUACAUUGACAAUUGCAUCUCUGCAUCGGAGAACGCGGUCAAAGAUGUAGCCAUCCUCGCAGAACGGUCGCGCGCCGAUAUGGUGACCAGACAGGGUCGUACUAAGGAUAUUUCGUUCAAGAGUCGAGCACUAUAUGUGCUCAAAGAUUCGCCCAAGGUUCCCACGAAUAUUAAUAGAAUGUCAAUUGCUACCCAGGGCCUCAAUGCUUCCAUGGGCAUUCUCUGCAGCCGAACUGGCCCUAUCAAAGCAAACUUGUAUCGAAGUCACAGCAGCGCAGUCGAUAGACGAUCUUCCACUCUCAAACCACCCCCGCCCUAUGAGCUUGUUGAAUUCCUUCAGCGGCGAACUAAGUCUGAUCCUGAGCAGUUGCAUGAGUUCGCAAGAACUGGGGAAUCAUUGGCAGGAGAAGUUGAAAAGACCCCGACUACACAUCAUCAUGAACAUGUGAUCGAAGAUAUCACGACACAGGCGAGAUAUAAGCAAGUUGUAUGUCCUUCUGAUUACCACAGUGCUCCACAAGUCCAUGAGGAGUCCCUGGGAGGGCCCACGUUAUCUCUCGCAGGAGUAGAGGAAGGCGCCUCGAACUGCAGGAGCCCCGAGAUUUUGGCCAUCCCAAGGCAUGGAUAUUCAGGCUUGCCAGCAAGAACUUCUGAAACACCAUUUGAGACUCGUGCGACGGCCGCUGAAAUACUAAAACCCAUCCCACCACCAAUUCCUCCAAGACCGAAAGGCUUCCAGGCCAGGGUGAUUGACCCUUUUUUCAAUACGUCAAACUUACAAUAUCAAGGAAUGCCUGACUGCUCGCCCAACCAGAUGCGAAAAGCCCAAUGUCGAUAUGAAUUGGGAACCACGGCACCUCAACGCAAACCGCCUCCAACGCCGCCAGACACGACGACUCUUGCUGAGUUAUCCUCCAUCACAAUACAACACUCACAAGAGACAAACCCAUCCGCUAGAUCGAUGCAACCGAACUGCUAUGAAUUAGACUCAAAUGCGGGAACCGGUGUGGACUUCAUCGUGCAAGCAACUACAAAGUCUCCUCCAGCCACUAGUUACUUGCUAGAUAUGCGCUCCUCGCAGUCAUUCCUGUCUGCUGAACUGUCCGCGGCUUCGUCAUCCGUGUUGACCCCAAGUUUCGAGGUACCUGCAGAAUACAUUGACGAUACAUAUAUCCAAUCGUUCAGCAGCUCUCCGGCUCCGACCCCGCAGCGGCAAUUAUCCCACGGCCGCAGAUGGUUAGAAGAUCAUGCUUUGUGA